CGCUCUUCCUGCUGCGGCUGGGCAGGAUAAGGUUACGCUGGGGCCUCCUCUGUCGCAGGGAAGAAGGCGGGCCGCUGGGGAGUUGCCACAGUUGGCAGCCGGGGCCCGUGGGGGACGCUUCCCUGCAGGCGGCCCAGAGCGCAGCCGGAGGCCAGGGUCCCCGCCAUGGCCACAGCCAAGCCUCCCGGGCGUGGUUGUGGAGCCCUGCCCCGGUGGCUGCUCGGUGCUGCGCUGCUUCUGGGCCUGAGGCUUUGCAUGGAGUUGCGCCACGUGGGCUCGAGACCACCAGGUCGCCGCGAUCCCCCGGGGCCACCCCGGACACACGUGCUGCCGGCGCCCGGGCCCCCGCGCGGAGCCAGAAGGAGGCAGGUGACCUACGUGCGUAGUGGGCGCCGAGCGCUGCCCCGGGGUGGCAGGAGCACGACGCCCCCAGAGCCAAGCUGCUGUGCCCAGCGCGGGCUUCCCCGCAGGAAGGGUCCUCGGUGGCGUAUCGAACUCCAGCCGUGGGCAGGCCCUUCUCGGUCCCUGGAUGAAGAAGCCUCAAGGUUCCUGAGCUACAUCAGCACCACUCAGGUUGUGUUUCAAGCUCACAUAAGUUUGGGAAUUAUGUCAAAGAUUGCAUGUGAUCACAUGGGUACAGACAGCUUGGCUACUGACUCCAGCCCUGCACAGAAGCCCUGGUUCGUGUGUCUUGAUGACAGGUUUGGCUUAGCUCAUCAAAUCCGCAGCAAGCGGUGCCGCCUCUACUCUUUAGGGCUGGGGAGUGAUGACACACACUUUGAGGUGAGCAUGGCCAAUGGUGGCUGUGAAGUGCAUCGGUUUGAUCCCAGCAUCAGGUCAGCCCACGUUCUGGAGAGCCAGCGCCUCUGGCACCACCGCCUGUCCAUCGAUUGGCGGGAUCCGCACCCAGCGGUGGCUGCUCAGAAGCCGCACAGCCACACCAGAAAGCUGGGGAGCAUUUUGAAUGAAUUUGGGCAUCACAAGAUUGAUGUUCUCAAGGCAGACCUGGAGAGUGCAGAGUGGAAAGUUCUAGAAAACCUCAUUCUGGAGGAUGUCCUCGAUCAGAUCGGCCAGCUCGUCUUCGAGAUUCACCUCCACUGGCCUGGUUUCGAGGUCCGUGGCAGCGAGAGCAGCGUGGUGCGGUUUUGGUACAGCCUCCUGAAGGAGUUGGAACGGAAGCACUUCAGACUUUUUCACACCUAUAAAGACUUAUCGAAACCGCAGCUUUUCCUGGAGAAGGACCUUUUCAAUGCUAGCAGCUGUUAUACCUUGAGUUGGGUGAACACAAGGUGGAGGUGAGCU